AGUCAAAUAAUUUGCCCGAAAGUGUUCAAGGCGGUUCAUGUCAUCAUCUACCCAAAAAUUUCUGCUCCUCUCUUUCCCUUCUCUAUCCCCGAAAGGACCUUUCUUCAUCAGCAGCAUCGUCGAUCAUGGACUCUCAAUUUCACGCCGGGGAGCCACCGUCAAAGCGUCAGCUACAAAUCCAAGGUCCACGCCCACCCCCUCUAAAGGUCAGCAAAGACUCCCAUAAAAUCAAAAAACCACCUCACCCACCAUCCCACGCCGCUGGUCCCGCAGCAGCAGCAGCAGACCAACGCCGUCCCGAGCCAGUAAUCAUCUACGCCGUCUCACCAAAAGUCAUCCACGCUGAAGAAUCCGAUUUCAUGUCUAUCGUGCAACGCUACACCGGACUUUCAUCCGGUACCUUCUCCGGAGACGGCGACGUCUACCGGGCGGCGAGGUUGGCAGCGACGGAAAAGGCGAGUUCUAGCUCGAGAGAGAAAAUAGGGGACGUGGGGGUCGCGGGUGAAGGUGCGAUGGAAGAGGGUUUGAUUCGAGCACUGCCAGGGAUACUUUCUCCGCCGCCGGAGACGUUGCCAGAGGUGGCGGUGGGAUUCUUUUCCCCCGUUCGUACGCCAGGGGGGACGUUCUUAUCGCCGGCGGCGAGGUUGGCAGGGACGACAAAGGGGAAUCCUAGCUGGAGAGAGAAAAUAGGGGACGUGGGGGUCGCGGGUGAAGGUGGGAUGAAAGAGGGUUUGAUUCGAGCACCGCCAGGGAUACUUUCUCCUGCGUCGGAGACGUUGCCAGCGGUGGCGGCGGGAACAUUCUUUUCGCCCGCCGUAGCAGGGGGGACGUUCUUAUCGCGGGCGUCGGAGGCGAGAAUGAUGUCGGCAGACAUCAUAUAUGGUCAAUCAAAUAGUUGCAGUGUGAAAGAUGAGUCAAAGCCUGCGGGACUUGCAAACAUAAUGUGUAAGUCCUUGUCUGGCUAUAACUUGGAGGAGCAAAAGCUCACAGUCAGUGAUGCUUCCAAGAAAAGUUCUGCAGGUGAGUUACUACCCACAGAAGUUGAGUUUAAAAAGCCCAAAUCCUCGCAUUAUCUUGGCGAAAGCCUCCCAAGUAAGGACUCUGACUAUGAUUUCAAAGAGGAGCAAGAGCUCAAAGUCAAUGAAACCUUCAACAAAAGUUGCAGUGUGAAAGAUGAGACAAAGCCUGCAGGACUUGCAAUCGCAAUGUUUAAGUCCUUGUCUGACUAUAACUUGGAGAAGCAAAAGCUCACAGUCAGCGAUGCUUCCAAGAAAAGUGCUGCAGGUGAGUUACAACCCACAGAAGUUGAGUUUAAAAAGCCCAAAUCCUCGCAUUAUCUUGGCGAAAGCCUCCCAAGUAAGGACUCUGACUAUGAUUUCAAGGAGGAGCAAGAGCUCAAAGUCAAUGAAACCUUCAACAAAAGUUGCAGUGUGAAAGAUGAGACAAAGCCUGCAGGACUUGCAAUCGCAAUGUUUAAGUCCUUGUCUGACUAUAACUUGGAGAAGCAAAAGCUCACAGUCAGCGAUGCUUCCAAGAAAAGUGCUGCAGGUGAGUUACAACCCACAGAAGUUGAGUUUAAAAAGCCCAAAUCCUCGCAUUAUCUUGGCGAAAGCCUCCCAAGUAAGGACUCUGACUAUGAUUUCAAGGAGGAGCAAGAGCUCAAAGUCAAUGAAACCUUCAACAAAAGUUGCAGUGUGAAAGAUGAGACAAAGCCUGCAGGACUUGCAAUCGCAAUGUUUAAGUCCUUGUCUGACUAUAACUUGGAGAAGCAAAAGCUCACAGUCAGCGAUGCUUCCAAGAAAAGUGCUGCAGGUGAGUCACAACCCACAGAAGUUGAGUUUAAAAAGCCCAAAUCCUCGCAUUCUCUUGGCGAAAGCCUCCCAAGUAAGGACUCUGACUAUAAUUUCAAGGAGCAGGAGCUCAAAAUCAAUGAGGGCUCCGGCAAAAGGAACGCUAGGCGGAGCUGGACAGUAUUGGUUCACUCUGAUAUGGUCCUAGGGGAACUUCCUUCUGAUGGUUGCAAUUGGAGGAAAUAUGGACAGAAGGAUAUUCUUAAUGCAAGAUUUCCAAGAGAAUACUACAGGUGCGCACAUCGACACACUCAAGGCUGUUUUGCUACAAAGGAAGUCCAAAGAGAGGAUGAAGAUCCAAUGUUCAUCACUGCUACUUACAAAGGAAUGCACACUUGCACACUAGCCCCAGAUUUGAUGCCUCCAGGACCACCUGAGAUACUAGCUCCUUUGGAUACUGUACUUGGCGCCGAUGGAAAUGACAAAAAGGAUUCACAAUCUAAUCUUCAGUCAAGUGUACACAGUCCUGACAAUCAAACUUGCAUUUCGUCAACCAAGCUAACAAGUGAGCUUCCAAAUUUAGGGCUCAACCUGAAUGUGUUUCCUGAGAAAUCAUUUAAGUCAUAUCCAACGUGGAAAAACUUUUAUGAAAAUGAAGUGAGGAAGAAUUGGAAAGUGCUGAACAGGAAGAAGGAUGUGCUACUCUUACUUUCAUCUUAUCCUAUGAUUAUGAUUGACAAAUCUGACACAGAUAAAUGGAUUAUUGAUGUAUUGGCAACCAUGAGACAUGUGAAAUCAACAGAAAAGAUUUUAUUUGGUGUAGGGGUAGCGAAACAUUGGCCAGGAAUGACUACGCUGCAGGAACUUUCUGGACGCUUGCAGAAGUUGCUGGAUGUUCCCUUGAUGAAUGAUAUUGAGGGAGUUUUACCGGUAGACUUGGUUGAGAACCUAUAUAGGACUACAGAAGCUGAUUUAAGACCCCUGUUGGAAGUGGAACAGAAUAUAAUUAGCGGAAAGACAUCAAAAUCUAGAGGUUCAGCAAGUAACAGUGAAGGGGCAGCAAUGGAAGCAGAAAAAGAAUUGCAGCCAAUGCCUGCAAAAUGUAAAACUCUGGUAGAAGAUACUGAGUUGCCAGCAAAAGGAACACUGAAUGUACCAGAAGAAAUAUUUGACUUGGCAAUUUAUUUAGCUGUUCGUCAGAUCUUAAAAUGUAUAAACAGGGGAUAUAUCUGGUGUAUUACUAUCAGUGGAAGAGAUAAGAAAAGGGUGCUAGGAGCAGUAAAGCAACACCAAGAUAUAGUUUCCGAGUUUGGAUAUAUCAUUGUAUUCACUGUGUCAGAAGAUCAAAGUGGGGCAAAUGUUCACGGUGUCUUUCAACUGCAGAAGGGUUUUUGGCUAGGUGGAUGCUUUGAUUCUGUUGACCUUACACAUGAAUAUUUUGACAACUUGUGCUCCCCAGGAAUCUUAUUGCUUACAGAGGAUGAUUACGAUAAGAACAUGAACUUGGAUCAGUCUACACUCCCACUUUUGAUAAACCUUAACAAGUUGGUUGACCAUAAACAUAGCGAUUCAAGGUUCAUAAUCUUUACUUCUAAAAUGGCAACAGACAUGGAGAUAAGAAUGGAGGAUCAUUUGUUGUCAUGGAAAUUGUUUUGUAGGAUUGUGGGUGAAGGUUUGCUUUCUCCUAGUAUCCAACAGAUAGCAGCAAGUUUGGUGAAAGAAUACCGUGGCAAUCUACUCGCCAUCAUUCUAACGGCCAGGUCCUUGGAGAAAGUUACUGAUGAUGUCAACUUGUGGGAACUUGCUGUUAAAAGAUUGACCAUGCUACCUCCAUCUCAAAUAGAAGAUAUAGACAAUGUCCUGAUUAAUGCAUUAACAUUCAUUUGGGAACGUAUGAACAAUAAAACAAGACAUUGCAUUAAGUUUUUCACGUGGUAUCCCAAGGGACAGAAAAUUAACAGAGUCUCACUAAUACAACAUUGGAUCCAAGAUCGUCUGGUUGAUACCCAUGAUGAAGGUACCAAUAUUAUCCAAAAUCUUGUUGAUACAUCCCUGCUUAAUAUUGUGGAGUUAAAUGGGGUCCAACUGCGAAGAGAGAUCUAUGAUGUAUUAGUAAACCCACUAAUUCUUCAAAUGCAUCCAUUUUAUCUUUUGCUAGGCAGGGCAAGAUUGAUUAAACCACCAGAAGAAGAGGAAUGGGAUGCCAAAGUGAUCAAUUUGAUGGAUAAUAAAUUAUCUGACCUGCCAGAAUCUCCAAGGUCACCCUCACUAAUUGCAUUGUACCUUCAGCGUAACUUGGAUCUCAUGACUAUCCCAUCUUGUUUCUUCAAGCACAUGCCUUUGCUUCAAAUCCUAGACUUAUCACACACCAGCAUCAAAUCUUUGCCAGAGUCACUUUCUAGUUUGGUUAACCUUCGAGAACUCCUUUUGAAAGGCUGUGAACUCUUCAUACGACUCCCUAGCCAUGUUGGAGAACUGAAGAAUCUUGAGAAGCUUGACCUUGAUGAAACUCAGAUUAUUGAUCUCCCAGCAGAGAUUGGACAACUUUCCAAAUUAAAAAUUUUGAGGGUCUCAUUCUAUGGAUAUAUGAACUGUAGCAAAACAAGGUUGCGGCAAGAUACAAUAAUUCCCCCUGGAACAAUAUCAGGUCUCUCUGAAUUAACUGAAUUAAGCAUUGAUGUUGAUCCGGAUGAUGAACGCUGGAAUGCAACGGUGAAAGAUAUUAUUGAGGAAGCUUGCAACUUGAAAACUUUAAGACAGCUUAAUUUGUACCUGCCAAACAUCGAAAUAUUGUGGAAACGCAGAACCGGUAGCGCAUCAUUGCUCCAUUACCCUUUGCCACGUUUUAGAUUUACUGUCGGUUAUCACAAGCGGCAGGUCAUAUCUCGAGUACCGGAAGAAGUAGAAGCUCACUUCAAUAAAAGCAACAAAUGCUUGAAGUUUGUCAAAGGCAAUGAUAUCCCAGCUGAAAUGAAAAAGGUUCUGAACCACAGCACAGCUUUUUUCCUGGAAGGUCAUGCUACCGCUAGGAGUUUGUCUGAUUUCGGAAUUGAGAAUACCAGGCUGCUAAAAUGUUGCUUAUUGACAGAAUGUAAUGGAGUCAAAACCAUCAUUGAUUUGUCACAAGGUGGUGGACACUCACAAGUUUACACAAGAGGAAAAGGGAAGAGCGAGUCACUGAAGUUUCCUGAAGAACAAACUGAUGCACUUGGAAAUCUACAAGACUUGAAUAUAUAUUACAUGAAGAAUUUAGAGAGCAUUUGGAAGGGGCCUGUUCAUAAGCACUGCCUAGCUAGCCUGAAGUUCCUUGCACUUCAUAAAUGCCCCAGAUUGAGUACCAUUUUCUCACUAGAUUUGGUUGCUAAUCUUGACAAUUUAGAAGAGCUCAUUGUUGAACACUGCCCUCAACUGACCAGUCUUGUGAGCCCGACGGGUCAUGUGUCCAGUAACUCAACACCACAACCAAAUUGCUUUUUUCCUAGCUUGAAAAGAAUAUCACUGCUUUACGUGCCAAAUCUUGUUAGCAUUUCUAGUGGUUUGUGGAUUGCUCCAGAACUGGAAAAAGUAGGCUUUUACAAUUGCCCAAAGCUUAAGAGUCUUUCCGCGAUGGAAAUGUCAAGUGACCAUUUGACGAGGAUCAAAGGAGAAAGUCACUGGUGGGAAGCAUUGGAGUGGAAAAACUCAGAGUGGGGGAACCCGCUGGAUUAUCUGCAGAGUAUCUUUUCCCCACUUAUUAAGGAGAGAGAUGUGAAGGCGCAAUUGGCAGAAGAAGGAAUUAUGCACCAUGCUUCAACUUAAACAAGGAGAGAGAUGUAAGGGCGCUGGGCAACAGCCAGGUAAUUUCUUUUGAAUUAAGAAGGUGUCCUUUUAUUUGUCAUCCAAAUAGUACAAGUAAAUAAGCAGAUAAUGGGCUUAAUAAUGAAGGAUGAGCAAUUCAGGAAGGGCUAAUAUCUGAUUCCCCUCACCCCCCACCAAAAAAAGGAUCAGCAAAAACAAUAAUAAGAACUACUGGGCACCUCUGUUCUUUUGUUUUUUGUCAGAGUUCUCUAUGUUCUUUAGACUAUACUUCUCAUGAUAUAAGUGAUUGGUCUUGGACAAAACUGUACUUCCAGGGCUCCAAGAGCUAAAUGUGGAACCAUGACAGCUUACGUUGGUGGCUCGGAUUUUGAAUAAAUUGAAGGUCACAGCCUAACACCAAACGGGUGAUAGUUUGUUUUGUCUGAGUAGGCAUCUGCAUGAGUAGCUUGCCGAUAGUGUAUGCACCUUUUGUUUUUUUAUGAUAUUAAACCUUGUAUUUGAUUUCUGAGAGAUACAUUUCUAACAUGGAUAUCAUCACGCCGAGGGUUCAAUGCCAGAACAUUGGCGGGUAUAUCAAGAAUUAGUUGUUUGCUAUAAUCCCUGUCAAGUUUUAUUCUGAUUAUGUUGAAAUUGUGAUAAAAGAGCUUUUGCUUCAUUUUUUGUUC